AUGCCAAAAAAGAGUUCUUCCAAAAAAGCUACUAAAACAAAAGAAAAUAAUGUUGUUGAAGAAGAAAAACCCUCUCCUGCACAAAAAAGGGCUAGCAGUGAGAUUGAUGAAAUCUUUUCGGGAAAAAAGAGGAAGAAAUCUGGACCAGAAAAGACUGAGAAGCCGAAUGAAGAUGCAACUGGAAAUCCUAAGAAGAUGAAGAAAAAGAAGAAGGAUAAAAGUUCUAAUGAUGAUGAGUUUGUGGAUCCACCUUCUCGUCGUCCUAAAAAGAAAAUGAAUGGGCUUGCUAUCUACACAGAAGAGGAGUUGGGUAUCAAUAAGGAAGAUGCUGGGGGUACCCCGCUUUGCCCCUUUGAUUGUUCUUGUUGUUUUUGA